AUGUUUUUAGAAAAAUAUACAAAGCUGAGUAAAGUUGUAUAUGGUGUGAAUACAGGUUACGGAGGCAGUGCAGAUGUAAGAAACACAGACGCUAUUGAAAACCAAAAAUCUUUAAUAUUUCAUCUGAAUUGUGGGAUAUCAAACAGAGUUAUGAAUCCAGGAUUGGUACGGGCUAGCAUGCUCGUACGUGCAAACAGUUUGUCAAACGCUAAAUCUGGUGUGAGGCCUGAAGUUGUUCAGUUACUGUGUGACAUGAUUAACAACAACAUUGUACCCGUAGUUCCAUUAAGAGGGUCAAUAAGUGCGAGUGGUGAUCUUAUGCCACUCUCUUACAUAGCUGCUUGUAUGUCGGGGAUGAAAGCUGACAGUCCAGUUUAUUUUAACGGCUCAACGAGUGCCUCUGCGAAAACUGUAUUUGAUAGAUGUAAUUUAUCGUUCAUUACUUUUAUGGCCAAAGAAGCUCUCGCAGUUAUCAAUUCUUCAUCUUGUGCAGCCACAUUAGCAGCCGUCAAUUUAUUUGAUUUUGGUAGCUUGAUACUUUUGUCCGAACUUGUAAGUGCAAUGUCGGUUGAGGUUUUGCACGGCAGGAUGGAAUCAUUUCAUCCCAUUGUACACGAAAGUCUUCAACAUUUCGGCAUGAAAGAAUUUUCAGAGGCCAUAAACAAGCUCCUCCGGGGAUCACAAUUUGUUAGAUCGAAUAAAAUCUACGACAUAUCCAACACUAAUUGUGGCCUGGCUCAAGAUCGUUAUCCACUCAGAACUUCACCUCAAUGGUUCAGUCCGCUGAUUGAAACGCUCAGUGAAUCCAUCAGAAAAAUAAAUGUUGAAAUCAAUUCUACCAAUGAUAAUCCAAUUAUUGAUCAUAUUAACGAAAAGAUUAUACACUGCGGCAAUUUUCAAGGAAGUAACACUGCUGUAGCGAUGGACCAAACGCGUCAAUCUGUUCAAAUGUGCGCCAAAAUGAUUUUUGCCCAGCUUUCAGAAAUUUUGAAUUUUCACAUGACGGAUGGGCUUACACCGAAUUUAUCUGGUUGUGAUUAUACAAAUGAUUUUGGAUUCAAGGGUGUAGAUACAGCGUUAGCGUCGUAUGUUAGCGAAAUUCAAACUUUAAACAGUCCAGUGACGAAUCAAGUUUUGAGUGCAGAAAUGCACAAUCAAGCAAUAAAUUCCUUAGCUUUAAUCAGUUCAAGAAUGACCGCGGAAUCAAUUGAACUAUUAAAAAUGAUUCUUUCAUCUUCGAUUAUAUGCUUAUGUCAGGCACUUGAUCUAAGGUGGUUACAAAAAAAAGUCAACGAAAGUUUGAAAAUAUCUUUAUCUAAGAUGAGUUUUCCGGUAUCAAAAUCGUAA